UCACCAUGUGCCAGGAGCAAGGAGCACAGCCACAGACCUUCAGCAUCAUCUCCCAGCAGCUGGGAAAUAAGACCCCUGCUGAGGUUUCCCACCGUUUUCGAGAACUCAUGCAGCUCUUCCACACUGCCUGUGAGGCCAGCUCUGAGGAUGAGGAUGAUGCGACCAGUACCAGCAAUGCAGACCAGCUCUCUGACCAUGGGGACCUUCUAUCUGAAGAGGAGCUGGAUGAAUGAGACUCUGGGAAUGCUUGGGUAUCAGCUACACAGGACCAAACCCAACAGGCGCCCUGACACCAGCGAGGAGGGGAGCUGCACUCUCCCUGUACAACCCUUGCACCCGGUUUACAAAGCUGGACGGCAGGGGCCCAGGAUGAGGACAAAGGCUGGAGGUUGGAGCCGGGCCCAGGGGCUGUGCCAUCCUGGGCAUCCUUCAAGGUCUUUUAUGAAAACCUUAGGGAUGUGCUCUGUAAAUAGCAUCAAGUGAGAGUGGAGCUCAGGUCCUUUCUCUACCUUUUUUUGCUCUGACGGCAUAUAUUUAUUGUUCUGUGGUCUAAUCACAGGGUUUCUAAACGUAGUAAGUGCGUAUGUUGGUGUCGCUAGUCUUGCCACACAGCUUCUCUGCACAGAGACCUGCAUCCAGCAGUUGUUACUGCCAGCUAGCGCCUCCCCAACACUGGGAACUUGAGUCCACGAGGCUGUCAGUCACCGUCCCGGUAGCACUGGGCCAGGCUUCGCAGCUCCUGCAGCAGCUCUGCUACGUCAUCGUGCUCCACUCCGGCAUCCAUGAAGCUGGCCCAGCGCCGCACAUCGAGUUUGGUGAGGUCUCCGGCCAAGGCUUCCAGAGUCCGGUGCAGGGACGAAGAGGAACACAGUGCCCCAAACACUGGGAUGCUCUCCACUGCUGUGGAGGGAGAGAGAAGCCAGACCUGUAGGUGGAUUAUUCUACCCCAGGGCUCUGUCAAACUGAUAAGGAAGUCCACCCUUGGCAGUCUUGAUUGUAAACUCAGUAAAUUUUGUGUACUGCCCCCCUUAGUACACCAGUACUCCAGAGGAGGAACACUUCUUGGGAGCCAUAGGGUGAAUAAAGGAAUGGUUAACUGUG